AUGGCGGAAUACGAGGAUCUGGCGGCGUCUCAUUGGGACGACGCCCCGUCGUUGUCGACCAACGCGGCACCUGCGCCGUCACGUGAUCUGGCCAAUCUGACCAUCCACAACAUCGAUGGAGACAAGACCGAGCUCGUUGGCCCCGAGGAGAGUGGGCCGGCGACGGGCGGUACGGGCGGCAGCCAUGCGCACGGCCACAAAACCACCGUGGACGACCUGUUUGACCAUUCGACCGCGGCGAUGCCCGAGCCGCAGCCCAGCCAGGCGUCCGAGUUUGACCACGACCUUCUGGCAGACUCGUCUGUCGACCGGCCGGCGUAUCAGGCGGCGGUGUCGUCUCCCAAACGCAAGCCCAUUCUCAAGCAGGUGCGACGUGGCAAGGGCAAGGGCAAGGGCAAAAAUCUGCUGUCCAGCUCGGUCUUGGUGGUGGAGGACGACGACGAUGUGACCAACCCUCUGUUGUUGAACGACGCCACCAAGGUCACCGACCGGGAGGCCGAGUCCAGUCCCGCGUCCGCAGCCCGAAAGAGCCAGCUGGGCGGUCUGCAUGUCAAGGCCGAAAUUGGAGAGUCGCCCGUUGCCGGCUUCAAGUCCAAACUCGACUCGGACCUGCAUGAGUUCCAUGACGUGCCUCUGGAGCAGGGCGGAGCUGCAUCUGCCGCCGCCGGAGGAGCCGAAGGAGGAGCCGAUGCUGCUGACGCCGCGGACUCCGAGACCGUGGCCCAAAACCAGGCGCCUGUGGCUGCCUACACUUUCGAAAUUUCCGUGGGUGACCCAAUCAAGGUCGGUGACAUCACAUCCUCCCACACGGUGUACACGGUGUCGACCAAGACCAACCACCCCAACUUUAAGACAGACGCGGGAUCGGUGACCCGCCGAUACUCUGAUUUCCGGUGGCUGUUCCAUGCGCUGGAAAACAAGCAUCCCGGUAUCGUGGUGCCUCCUCCCCCGGACAAGCAGGCCGUGGGACGGUUCAACGAGGACUUUGUGGAGGCCCGACGAGCUGCGCUGGAGACUAUGCUUCAAAAGGUUGCCCGCCACCAUCUGCUGCAGGACGACCCUGACCUGCAGCUAUUUCUGCAGUCCGAGCAGCUGAACCAAGACAUUAAGCACUCGCACAGUGCACCUGGAGUUGCUGGAAGCAGCGAGGAGGAGGCGUGGAUCGAGGAGGGGUCCGGAUCGGGACUCAUGUCGUCCCUGUCGUCGUCGUUCUCCUUCUCCAAGUCGUUCAUCGAGACCGACCCCUGGUUCUCGGACAAGCGGGGUUACGUGGACGUGCUGGAGUCGCAUCUCAAGAGCAUGUCGCGCGGGCUGGAGCUGGUGGUGCAUCAGCGCAAAGACCUGGCCGAGUCCAUGGGUGACGUGGCUGCUGUUUUGUCGUCUCUGGGCACCGUGGAGAUCUCCAAGCAUCUGUCCAACGUGCUGUACCAGUUCAGUGACGCCGUGGAGCGAAUCAAGGAGAUUUGUGCCCGUCAGAGCCAGCAGGAUAUGGUAACGCUGGGCUCUACUAUGGAUGAGUACCUGCGUGUGAUUGGGUCUGUGCGGUCGACUUUUUCUCAGCGGUCCAAGCAUUUCCAGGUGAUUCAAAACAUUGAGUCUGAGCUGACCAAGCGCAAGGCCAACCUCGACAAGCUGUUGCGGCAGGGCAAGACCCAACAGCAGCGGCUCAACGUGCUCAAGGACCAGGUGCAGGAGUACGAAAAGAAGCUGGUCAACGCCAAGGUCAAGUUUGACGACGUGAGCAGCACCAUCAAGAAGGAGGUGGAUGUGCGGUUUGAGAAUGAAAAGUUUGAUGACUUCCGAAACGCCAUUGAGAUUUUCUUGGAAAACGCCGUCGAGACCCAGAAGGAGGCCAUUGAGGUCUGGGAAACCUUUUAUUCUCGUGCUUUCCCCAACUAG